UACUUCACCAGGUGGCGCUCUAUUACCUCCGCCGCAGUACACUCUGCCCAUCAGUCAUCACCGAUGACCACCUCCCACGCUAAUAUUACUAAAACGCCCUUACAUUUUGUCCAAAAAAACAAAUGCAGCCCAGUAUUUAAGACCAUCUGUUGGCCCAAAACACCGUCAUUUUGCUUCCAAGUUGACGCUCUUUCUUCCUCUCUACUCAUCAGACCGACAAAGUUUAACAGCAAAAGGGGAGGAGAGGUAAAGGAGAGACAGUGGAGUAGUACUGGUACUAGGAGGAGGAGGAGCAAUUAUAAGAGCAAUAGAAGUGCCAUGCCUUGUUCCUCUGCUAGCACUGUAUCUGGUGGCGUUGGUGGUGGAGGAGGCCGAGAUGAUAAUGGUUCGCUUCGUUACUUCAAGCUGAACGAGUCCACCUUUUUGGCUUCUCUCAUGCCUAAGAAGGAGAUUGGCGCCGAUCGCUUCAUUGAUGCUCAUCCUGAGUUUGGCGGACGUGGCGUAGUUAUAGCUAUUUUCGAUUCUGGAGUUGACCCGGCUGCUGCUGGAUUGCAAUUGACCUCGGAUGGGAAGCCGAAGAUCCUCGAUGUUAUUGACUGCACUGGGAGUGGAGACAUUGAUACUUCGAAAGUCGUGAAAGCUGAUGCAGAUUGUUGCAUCCGCGGGGCUUCAGGAGCUGCUCUGGCUGUCAAUUCCUCAUGGAAAAACCCUUCCGGUGAAUGGCACGUUGGUUAUAAGUUGGUGUAUGAACCAUUUACUGCCACAUUAACUGCACGUUUGAAGGUAGCAUUGUUGUCCUCACUUCUUUGUGCAAUGCAAACUAAAGAAAGAAAAAAGAAGUGGGAUGAGAAAAACCAGGAAGAAAUUGCUGUGGCAGUAAAGCAUCUUGACGAAUUCAAUCAGGUUUUUGGAAAUCCUGCUUGA